AUGAGUGGUCCAGGAAUGUACGGUUCUUGGCUUGUGGUACUGCUGGUUGCGCUAGCAGUACCGUGCCUGGGCCAGGAGGAGUAUCAUUGCGUGAUGUAUGAUGUGUGUGCAAUGAUCGGCAUACACGCGCAGAACUGUCCGGUAAAGAUGGCGCCCAAACCACUGACGGAAGCGGUCGCAAUCGAGAUCAUGCACCGACGGUGCGGAUGGAUGUUUCCAACCGACGAUACACCGGUGUGCUGUGCGGUGAGUCAGGUGAUCGAGAUGGACAAGAACUUCCAGCAGGCGGAGGGACUGUUCAGCCGCUGCUCGACCUGUCUCACGAACAUGCUGUACAGUAUCUGCAGCUUGGCGUGCCACCCGGAGCAGAGUCGGUUCCUGACCGCCUUUACCGAACCGACGGGCGUGUACGUCAACCGGGUCGACUACCGCAUUGAUCGACAGUAUGUCGAGGACACGUACGGCUCUUGCAAGGGUAUCGUGCUGCCGUCCAGUGGCAAGUACGCGAUGGACGUGGGUUGCGGGUUUUGGGAAGCGACGGGCUGCACGCCCGAGCGUUGGUUCCAGUUUAUGGGUGCGGCCGACAACGAGUUCGUACCGUUCGAGAUUAACUACCUGUACGAGGAGGACCCCGAGAAGCGCUUCAACCAACCGGUGAAGCACUGCAACGAAGCGUACGACGGGUCGUACGCUUGCUCCUGCAUCGAUUGCGACGAAAGCUGCCCAACCAGUGAUCCACCGCAGCCGAAAGAUCCCGGCUUUAUGGUGGGUGACUUGAAUGGCGUCACGUUCACCGUCGCGGUGGUGAUCGGUGGCAUCGGGCUGGUUUGCAUCACACUCACCCUGCUGUUUGGUGGCAAGGGACGUCCGGGACGUUCGAUGCCAGACUUGCCGGCCAUCUUCGGUGGAUUCCCAUCCGUCAACCGGGCCCUGGGGCGGAUAUUUACACGCUGGGGAACUUUCUGCGCCCGCAAUCCGGUGCUGAUAUUGGCCAUCUGCUCGUGGAUUAUCGGGGGUCUCGCCUUCGGCAUACAGUAUCUGAUAAUAACGACCGAUCCGGUGGAGUUGUGGGCCGCCCCGGACAGUCGGUCGCGACAGGAGAAGGAUUACUUCGAUUCACGCUUUUCGCCCUUCUACCGUACGGAGCAGAUUUUCAUAAAACCGAAGCGCCAGGAGUUUUUUGUGCAUCCAACAGCGGAAGGCAAUCAGACGUUCGGGCCUGCCUACGAUCGCGAGUUCUUGCUGGAGGUGUUCAAGCUGCAGGGUAUGAUCGAGCAGCUCGGGCAGGAGGAGGGUCGCGGUUUGGAGAAGAUCUGCUACGCACCAAUGACGGCGGUCGGUGCCCAAACGGUACUGUCCGAGUGUACCGUGCAGAGUGUGUUCGGUUACUUCAAGAAUAAUCUGGCAGAGUUCAACCGGACCGGCACGGACCUGAACGGGUACGUGGUGAACUACCUGGACAAGAUAAACGGGUGCACACGCAACGCCUAUCUGCCGUCGUGCUUCGGCACGUACGGAGGUCCAAUCGAACCGGGCGUAGCUGUUGGUGGAUUCCCGCACCCAGCUCCCGGUUCCAACCCGGACUUUCGACUCGCGACCGGCGUUGUGCUGACGUUCCUGGUGGAGAACCAGGCAGACAAGGACAACCUCGGACCGGCACUGGAAUGGGAGAAACGAUUCGUGGACUUUAUGCGGGACUUUGAGCAUCCGAUGAUGGAUGUCGCCUACUCGGCCGAACGCUCCAUCGAGGAUGGUAUCGACGAAAUGUCCGAGGCGGAGAUGUACACCGUCAUCAUCAGCUACGUGGUCAUGUUUGUGUACAUCACCUUCUCGCUGGGGAAGAUUCGGGGCUUUCGACAGUUUCUUCACGGUUCGCGCAUCGUGCUUGCGAUCGGUGGUAUCGUGGUGGUGCUCGCUUCCGUUGCCUGCAGUUUGGGCUUCUUCGGGUAUCUGGAGCUCGCUACCACAAUGCUCACGAUCGAGGUGAUCCCCUUCCUGGUGCUGGCAGUCGGUGUGGACAACAUCUUCAUGCUGGUGCACGCGUUCAACCGGAUCGACCGUGACCGGACGCCGGAAACGGCAUGUGCCAUCGGCGAGGCGCUCGGCCAGAUAGGGCCCUCUAUACUGCUGACGUCUGCGAGCGAGUGUUGCUGUUUCGCCAUCGGUGCCCUCUCACCGAUGCCCGCCGUCAACACGUUCGCCUGGUACGCGACAGUGGCGCUGCUGGUCGACUUCCUGCUGCAGAUUUCGGCCUUCGUCGCGCUGAUGGCGCUGGACGAGAAGCGUGUCGAGCGGGGUCGGCUAGAUCUGCUGUGCUGUGUACGGGCGACAAAGAACCCGGACAAACCCGCCCAACCGGACGGUCCAGGGUGGCUGGAGCGCGUAGUCGAGCGAUUCUACGUGCCGUUUUUACUACGGUCCAAGGUGCGGCUGCUGGUGCUGGCGGUGUUUCUCGCGUGGGCUUCACUGUCGCUGAUGGUUGUGCCCAGCAUCGAGCCGGGAUUGGAUCAGGAACUGUCCAUGGCGGAAGACUCGCACGUGGUGAAGUAUUUCCGCUUCAUGGCGGAGCUGUUCUGGAUGGGUCCGCCGGUGUAUUUUGUGCUCAAGCCGGGCCUUAACUAUACCGACGUUCGGCAUCAGAAUUUGGUGUGUGGCGGUAUCCUGUGCAAUGACGACUCCAUCCAGACGAAGCUCUACCAGUCCUCUCUAUAUCCGGAAACUACUCACAUUGCCCGACCUGCCUCAUCUUGGUUGGAUGACUACAUUGACUGGCUUGCGAUCCAGUCCUGCUGCCGAUACAACCCCACCGAUGGUUCGUUUUGUGCUAGCAACUUGGGAUUCCUGUGCCCGUCCUGUCCAGAAGAGUACGAUGACACCGGUAUCCGCCCAACGGUAGCACAGUUCGAGCGCUAUCUGGAAUUCUUCCUCUCCGAUCUGCCGGACGAAAAUUGUGCCAAGGCAGGCCGGGCGGCGUACUCGCGCGCACUCAACUAUGUGCUGGACGCGGACGGUCGGCUGAACGUGAAGGACUCGUACUUUAUGAGUUACCACACAACGGCCGUCACAUCGCGCCAGUUCUACACCGCCCUCGAGCAGGCCCGUCUGAUCGCGGACGACAUUCAGCGGAUGCUGGACGAGCGUCAGGCCAACGUGGAGAUCUUUCCGUACAGCGUGUUUUACGUGUUCUACGAGCAGUACCUCACGAUCUGGUCGGACGCGAUGCAAUCGCUCGGGCUGUCGCUGGCGGCAGUGUUUGUCGUAACGUUCCUGGUGACCGGGCUGGACAUACUGUCCGCGGUUGUUGUGAUACUGAUGGUGUUCCUGAUCGUGCUCAAUAUGAUGGGUCUGAUGUGGCUGUGGAACAUAACGCUUAAUGCCAUCUCGCUGGUGAAUCUUGUGAUGAGCGUCGGUAUUGGUGUGGAAUUUAUCUCACACAUAGUGCGCACGUAUCGACUCGCACACGGCACCCGGAUGGAGCGGUCGGCAGAAGCGAUGGUGCGCACUGGUAGCUCUGUGUUCUCCGGCAUCACGCUGACCAAAUUUGCCGGCAUCGUCGUGCUCGCCUUCGCCCAAUCGCAAAUCUUCCAGAUCUUCUACUUCCGCAUGUAUCUCUGCAUUGUGUUGGUGGGAGCGGCACACGGCCUAAUACUACUGCCGGUGUUUCUCAGCUACAUUGGACCACCACCACCAACACCGUUCACCGACACUGCCACCGAUAGUGCGAAUUUGAAGCGUAACGAAAAGGUGGACCUUACCAACGGGAACAUCACGACGCCACUGAGCACCGAGGUGAGAUCGGCCGACGAAACGACCUCGGUAGGCAAUGGUAACUCAGAACAUAACGGAAUCGAAUCACUCUAG